UGAUUGGUGUAAUAAAACCUCGUCCCAACUCACGCAUGAUGAAUAAUGCUUUACAGCGUUGGCUUGUUCCCUUUAAAUCUGAGUUGUCCCCUUAACAUUCAAUUCACACUGCAUCAUUUCAUUUCAUUUCAUACAUCAUCAUUCCUGUUGUGUUUGGUAGCAAUAUUCGCACUAUUGUUAUAGGCUUGACACUCAGCAAGUACGGAGUGCGUUAUUUCUGUGCGCAAAGAGAAAUUUGUUUGUUUAUAAACAGUUUGGCCAAUAACAGUGAAUUGUUAAGACGCCUUCGUAGCAAGACACAGCGUGACCUCGAAAAAAAUUAUUCGACUCGUGUCAACCUAUUGUUGUAAUUAUAUGAUUUCUUGCCAAUUUUAAGUAUAAUGGGUUUAAAUCCAUGUUGUGGGAUUUCUUUGCAAAAUGGAGCACGUGCUGUGGCAGGAGUGGAAUUCUUUACAUCCGGAGCCUUUUUCCUCACUGGGCUAAUCAUAGUACAAAAGUUUGCACAUUCAUGGAGCUGGGGAGACGCGGAUGUCCCAUCGCUACUUUUUGGAAUUGCAUACCUUAUAUUCUCCGUCGCACAAUUCGUCCUCACCGUGUAUUUGUUUCUUGGAGCAAACCAGAAUAAUAGCAGACAUUGCAUGAAGUGGUUUCUUGGAGCUUGGAUACUUCUGGUGAUAUUGAUCGUGUUUGCGGCAUGUGAAACAUAUCAAGGAAGGUUGACAGCCAACAUCUUAUGGGCUAAACCAGUACUUUUAGGCUUUACAAGUUUGCUAAAGCUGUACUGCAUUUGGGUAGUGUUUGAGUUUAUUAGUGACAUUCGACACUUCGAUGUUGACAGCACGAGAAAAACUCCAAUUUAAAAGUGGGUGCAAUUUUUUAAAUCUGUGUUCUUAUUACAAAUAUCGUCGAAUUAUUAUCGCAUAAGCUUCAGUUUCAAGUGAGAUGGUGAGAAUUUUUUUGUGAUGGUUUCAAAUGGAAUGUGGAAGUGAGUCAGCGUCAGCCGAAUGGUCCGCACAUGGAAUGGACCCUACAAAUGACUCAUACAUAAAUACCUAAAUGUGUUUCCUCCCCCACCCUCGAGUGCCAGUGUUCUACUUUGGAUAGUUUUUGCAUUUGCUUCGUUGUGCUGUCUUUUUGUGUUCGCUAUAUACACAAAUAAUGUGUAUAAAUCCAUGUGUACAUUAACUUGCGCUUAUUUAUCAUGUUAAUUGAUAUCCCAUGUAUGCAACUUAAUUUUUCAUGCUAAAAAUAAUAUUUACUUAUAAAAAUCUAUAACUAAGGACAAGUACUAUAUUUAUUACGUAUUAUCCUUCAUCACCUCAGGACCAUGGGCCAUUGUGCAUGCAAUAUACGAUGGCCAAAUGCAAACUUAUUUUCAUCAACCUUACUAUAUGUAAAUGUGUGCUUGGAAUAAAUAAUUGUACAAGUCGGA